AUGUCGGGAGACGGUCUGGACAACAGUUUGGCAUCGCCCGGCACCGGAGACGAGGACGACCAGGACAAGAAGAGGCAGAAGAAACGAGGCAUCUUUCCCAAAGUGGCCACGAACAUCAUGAGGGCCUGGCUCUUCCAGCACCUAACGCACCCGUACCCCUCCGAGGAACAGAAGAAGCAGCUCGCACAAGACACAGGCCUCACUAUUCUACAAGUCAAUAACUGGUUCAUCAAUGCCAGGAGAAGAAUAGUCCAGCCAAUGAUCGACCAGUCCAACAGAGCAGUGAGCCAGGGCACAGCGUACAGCCCUGACGGACAGCCCAUGGGCGGGUUUGUCCUGGACGGUCAGCAGCACAUGGGCCUGCGACACGGAGGACCCAUGGGCGGCAUGGGCAUGAACAUGGGCAUGGACGGCCAGUGGCACUACAUGUAG